ACCGUCGUCCCUAGCUUCACACGCCGUCGCCCCAUCGCACGCCAAUAUGCUCGAACCGCUCGAUGUACCCGCCUAUCCGGCGACGCAUCAAAACUCAAAACAUCGAUCGGAGCUAGACGGUGUCUUCGAUUGGCCCUCUCACCCAUGAACUCGAGCUAUUGUCGGUUGACUGCUCUCUAACGGCGGGAGAUGUGUACCGUAGCUUGACGCCAGUCCGAUCUCCUUGUUGCAAAGUUGGAAGUGGGUCCGGGGAUGACGAUGGCAUGUGAGUGGGCUGCGGUGAAGAUAAGAAACGGUGGUGUGGCACCUCUUCCACCUGACAACGUGAGGCUUUGCUCGUCAACAUGUCGUCCCCUACGCCCUCAGAUUCGCGGCAGGGCAGCGCCCAAAAUUCCUCGUCUUCGAUAUCAGCUUUUGUCUCGACGCUUGUGCCAUGCGCUGCACUCGCGGCUGUUUACAUUGGUUUCUUCCUCAUAUUACGCAGGAAGCAGCAGCGCCUUUACCAAACACGAACAAUACAUGAAAAGUUGAGCAACUAUGAAAGAACGCCAACGUCCUCCAAAUCGGGCAUGUUUAGUUGGAUGUCUGACUUCCGCGCUACCAAAGAUGACUACAUUCUCAAUCAUCAGUCCCUCGAUGGCUACCUCUUUAUACGAUUUCUCAAGAUGUUGGUCUUCAUGAGUUUCGUCGGUUGUCUAAUCACUUGGCCUGUCCUCUUUCCUGUCAAUGCGACUGGAGGCGGUGGACAGUCAGACUUGGACAUCCUGUCCUUUAGCAACGUGGCUCAGCCAGCGCGUUUCUUCGCGCAUGCGUUCAUCGCCUGGGCAUUUUUUGGCUUCGUAUUGUACCUGAUAUGGCGUGAGGUCUCGUACUUAAUCAAGCUACGACAAGCGUAUUUGCUCUCCGCAUGGAACUCGUCCCGCAUCUCCUCGCGCACCGUACUCUUCACAAACGUGCCGAAAGAAUACCUCACGCACCAGCGCUUGCACCGCAUGUUCCAUCGAGUGUCGCAGGUAUGGCUCGUAUCCGAUUUCACCGAUUUGCAAGAAAAGGUCGACGAUGUCAACAAGACGGCGAUCAAGCUCGAAGGUGGAGAAAUGAAAUUGAUAAAAAAGGCAGUGAAAGCAGCGGUAAAGAGCAAGAAGGGUGGCAGCGUGGAGGACCAAGGAAGACAGCCCAAACUCACGUCCUGGAACGAGUUCCUCCAAUCCAAGGACAGGCCGACGCAUCGACUCAAGUUACUCAUUGGAAAAAAAGUCGACACAAUUGAUUACGGGAAAGAUCACCUCCGAGAAGUUCUCCCAGAGGUGCAGGCAAGCCAGCGCUCCCACAUUGCCGGAAAAGAAAAACUCCUCAAUGCAGUUUUCAUCGAGUUCGAGACCGUGGCUGCUGCACAGACAGCCAGCGUCAUUGCGAUACACGACAAGCCUGCGACCUUCAUUGCCCGCCAGACUGGCAUCCUGCCCGGCGAAGUUAUUUGGAAGAACCUGAAGAUGAAUUCUUGGGAUCGCUCGCUUCGGCGUGGUCUCGCCACGGCGUUCAUCUUCGCCAUGAUUCUCUUCUGGAGCUUCCCUGUCGCUCUCGUCGGUAUUAUCAGCAAUGUCAACUACUUGACCGCGAACGUGCCGUUCCUUCGUUGGAUCAACGAUAUCCCACAGGCGAUUUUGGGAGUGGUAACUGGUCUCCUGCCGUCCGUGAUGCUCGCGUUACUCAUGUCCUUGGUUCCGAUCAUUUGCCGCAUCGUCGCAAGGCUUGCGGGCGCAAUAAGUCUUUCGGAGGUCGAGCUGCAAACCCAGUCAUGGUACUUUGCCUUCCAAGUAAUUCAAGUCUUCCUCAUCACCACUUUCACUUCAGGCGCCACAGCAGUCGCCUCACAGAUCGUCUCGGACCCGACGCAGGCCGUGUCGCUGCUGGCCGAGAACCUCCCCAAAGCGAGCAACUUCUACAUUUCGUACUUUGUGCUGUUCGGCGUGGCGCAGACCGCCAGCUACCUCAUCAAUAUCGGUGGCCUCAUUGGCGUUUUCGUUCUCAGUAAGUUCGCCGGCACCCCUAGGAAGAAGUAUGAGAAGUGGAUGGCACUCACUGCUCCUUCGUGGGGCUCGGAGUACCCCUUGUGGACGAACAUGGGCGUCAUCGCCAUCUCGUAUGCAAUCAUCGCACCGCUGGUGCUGGGCUUCUCGACGGUCGGUCUGGGCCUGAUAUACCUGGCUUACAAGUACAACAUGCUCUACGUCUACACCACCGACAUCGACACCAAAGGCGCCUGCUACGCGCGCGCAAUGCAACAGCUCAUGGUUGGCAUCUACCUCGCGGAGCUCUGCCUCCUCGGCCUCUUUGCCAUCAACAUCGGCAGCAGCGCCAUCGCCGUCGGUCCCGUCGUCCUCCAAGUCAUCCUCAUCAUCGCCACCAUCGUCUUCCACAUCGCCAUGAGGCGCAAGCUCGCGCCACUUGUGUACACGCUCCCGCUUACCCUCCUCGAAGAGGCCGAGGCGCGCCGCAAGCACAGCGGAGCCACCCACGACAUCGCGGCCGCCGCCCCGCGGCCGCAGAAACGCUCGCUCUUCCAGCGCCUCUUCAAGCCGCAGUCACAGUCCGCAGCUGAGCUGUCGGCGUCGCUGAACCCAUGGUUCCGAGAGCCGGUGCCGCCGUACGAUGUGCAGGAUGCGCGCAAGGCGUAUCUGCAUCCGGCGGUGGUUGCGGAGCCGCCUGUGAUUUGGCUGGCGCGGGACUCGCUGGGCGUCAGUGGGAAAGAGGUAGCUGAUUUGAAAGAAAAGCUGGCGGAGCAUGGGGUCGUAGCCACAGAUGAGGGGGCCAUUGUGAAUCAAAAGGGAAAGGUGGAGUGGGUGGGGCAGAAUGCACGACAGGCCCCAUUGUGGGAGGGACGAGUGAUGUAUUAG